GUGCGUCAACAUGCGUCAGUCGUAGUUUAUUUUAUAGAAUGUAACUUAGCCUACAGAUAAACAUAGCUUUGGGUCGAACGUUAAAAACCAAACUGAAACUAGAGACUCAGCAAUAUACAGCAUUUCCAACUAUUUUGAACUAUCUCGUAGCUCAAAAGUUAGCAUAUCGUGCACUGCUAUAUUUUUGCGGAGAAGAAGUAAAAGCGUUGUCUUUGAUUAAUUUCCGUUCCAUUCCUGUUUACUUCCGGAGCUAUUUGAGGUCAUCUUAAUGCUAGCAAUUUGAAAAGUCGAAGAAACCCAAAGUGGAAACAGUUAUUUCAUUGUCUGGUCUGGGAAGAAAUUGCAAUGUCAGACGACAUCAUCGGACCUGCCCUACCUCCAAGCUUCAGGAAAAGCAGCAAUGACGAUUCCGACGAAGAAGACACGCUUGUAGGUCCAGCGCUGCCGCCGGGUUAUUCGGCGAGGGAUCUGUCCAGUUCUUCGGAGGAUAGUGAUAAGGAAGAGGUGGUGUUCAAAAGAGGAAGACCCAGCGCGGGCAGAGAAGAGAGUAGAGAUGGACCUACGGCAAAAAAAUUGCGCACGGUUGAAGAAAAGGACAACAGGGACUAUGCUGUGGAGGAUGAUGAUGGUUUCUUUGGGCCUGCCCUUCCUCCAGGGUAUGAGAAGAAGCAGAGCUCACCUGAAAGGUGUCCAGUGUUGGGCCCAGCCCUGCCCCCAGGGUUCCGGAGACCAGCAGAAGAUGAAGAUGAUGAUGAUGACAGAGACAGUGAAGGCUUCCCUGGACCAGCACUGCCUCCUGGCUACAGAGCAGAGGCCUCCAGCAGUGAUGAUGACAUCAUAGGGCCCCUACCAUCCAAAGGGGGUGUCCAGAACACCGUUGCCAUGGAUUUUGAACGGAGGGCACAGAAGAUGAAAAAGAAACUCAUCUCUGGUGAUGAUGGCCCAGUAGAGAUGGCUCGGGAGACCUGGAUGACCGAACUGCCCCCUGAGCUCCAGCACAUCGGCCUGGGCGCCCGAACCUUCAAGAAGAGGUCCGGCCCGGAAAACAAGGACCGCUCCAUCUGGACCGACACUCCCGCAGACCGCCAGCGAAAGGCCCAGGAGCGUUUGGAGGGGAAGCAGGGUGGAGAGGAGGAGGAGAAGAAGAAGAAGAAGAAGGAGGAGGAGCUUCCGCGUAUUUCCCAGAAAGACCUGCAGAUGGCGGAGAAGGUGUCCAAGUACAACGAUAUGAAGCGUAGCGAGUCGCUCAUCAGCAUGCACAGCAAGAAGAUGAAGAAGCGGGCGGAGGAGAAGGCCGAGGAGAAGCCGGCGGAACGGCGGCCCUUCGACAGGGACAACGACCUGCAGGUCAACCGCUUCGACGAGGCGCAGAAGAAGUCUCUGCUCAAGAAGUCCCAAGAGCUCAACACGCGCUUCUCCCACAGCAAGGAGCGCAUGUUCCUGUAGGGCCGGGGAAAAGACGCCGGUCAGCGCCUCACCACGCUGGUUCUGUACAAUGGAGCCCAGGUCUGUUAUACCAAGAGAAGAUAUGCAGGGAUCGCCAUUGGGCACAUUAAGCCCUUAUAAAUCACUCUGUAAGGACUGCUUAUGUUCUGUGUGUCUGUCCGCUCCAGCCACAGCCUUUAUACAUUUUUACAACCCCCACCCCCAAAAAAAAAGGUAUUAAUUAAAGACAGAAAUUUUUCUGCAUUUCAGGCAAAAAAUGACACCAGCAGUAAAGAUGCAGCCAAUCCCUUAUUUCCAGAAAGCAGAUAACUAAGAGCAAUUGACAUCCCUUUUUGAUUUCAAUAUUUUCGCCAGAAUGUUUGUAACCGUAGCCAAAACCAUGCAGUAUAUAAUAAGAUUGAUUUCAGAACAUUUGAAAAGAGGAUACAUUUACAAUAAACAGAGUAACAGUAGGCUCGUAGAAACAUCUUGCAAUCGAAGCAUCAUAAACAUAGUACAUUUUCUCUAUCCAAUAGCAUCAGAAAUAUUUCCCCACAGCCUAAAACAUUAUAUUCGGGUGGCAAACUUUCAUCGCCGAGAAAAAAGAAAAAAAUGAAAUAAAAUAGGCCUCCAAGACUGGAUAAUUUUUCCAAACUGUUGCUGAAUUGCCGCCAUUCUUGUUAAAUUGACUGGUGCUUAGCAAAAUGACAUGCCAAAAUAAGCAUUUGCUUUCAGGAGAAAGGGCCAUUCGGCUGUUUGUUGCACGUGAAUGAACGGCGCACAUUCUCUGAGUUUUGUGAUCUGUCAUUCUGUCUGACUGCUGUCCAGUGCUUUGGACUGUAAAACAGUCUCCGAUAUUGCAAUCUUCCUAAACCCAGUGUGAGCUGUAAGACUGAUGUUCUUGCGUGUUCAUUAAUCGCAUGUAAAUGCCAACAUUUUCGAUUUGUCAAGGACACUUUAAUGCGUGUCAUUACAGUCUCCUACGCGUCUGGUUCCAGUCUGUUGGAGGAAAAACACCAGAAAGAGAUGACUUCAGUUAGUUGUAGCAACUGACUAAAUGUGGUGUAGCUGAGUAAGUGCAAGUGUGGUUGAGUGUGCGGGUGUGGUUGAAGUAAUGUGAUGUCUAACUCUGUUCCCUGUCAGCACAGGAUUGGAAGCACUGGUGCAGGCUGACAUUUUCAGUGUGAGGUCUUUCACCAGAAUUUCACUGAAAACAUAAUUCAAAUGUUUAUUGAUAUUUUUACUGUGUAUGUCGCCCUCCUUGUAGGCCGUAGCGUAGUGGUUAAGGUACAUGACUGGGACCCGCAAGGUUGGUGGUUUGAUCCCCGUUGUAGCCACAAUAAGAUACGCACAGCUAUUGGGCCCUUGAGCAAGGCCCUUAACCCUGCAUUGCUCCAGGGCCUCCAUUGUCUCCUGCUUAGUCGAAUUGACUGUACGUCGCUCUGGAUAAGAGCGUCUGCCAAAUGCCAUUCAUGUAAUGUAAUGAAAUAAAAUGGUCAUCUUUUCCUUAUUGUAUGUGUGGGGUAGACUUUAAAAGGUUUUUUUGGAUGACUCGCUGUGAAAAUUCUCACAUAGGAAAUGUUUACAAGCCAUUGUAUCAUUUUAGCAUAUUUAAUGACACUAUCCGCUUUUCAGAAUAUGUGAAUCAGGUUAUUGGCUACAAGUGAAGUGAGUUUGGUGGACGUGACCCUCUUAGCUUGCAAAGCAAAAUAAAAAGCAAAUGAAAAAACACAUUUUUCCGAAGACAACAGAAUAGCACCCUUAGAAGGAACAGAUUUGGACAUCACAAAGACUCACUCCAACACACUUUGGCUAUAUGGCUGUGACAAACAUCAUCUUGCCAAAGACUGAAUCGCUUGACUGUCAUCCGAAUUCCACUGUCGGCUUUGCUUAGCCAUUCCCGUUUCAGUUGUAUUCAUUGUGUAUGCCCGUGUGUGUAUAGGAUAGUUUUGGCUACAUUUUGAUAGCUGCUAAUGCUAACGGCUUGAUUUGACCAUGGUCAUACAAAUGUCUCACAACAUUGCAUGUUUGACGUUGAUGCUUUUGCACCUAUCAGUGUCAUGUGUAGUGUCUUUGUUCUGUCUAAUCCACUGUCACAUUGUGCUAAUUGUUUUACUGGAAUAAUCCUCUUUGAAAUACUGCCACAGGGGAUGUAUGAUUUCUGCUCUUCAGCUGCAAUAUCCAAUAAACAAGCCAUAGCAACAGUCAUCCAGUCAGCAGGAAAAUCUAUAUGGGGUUCAGGUUUGGACACAUUUAUCGCCAAACACAAAUGUUAAGAAAACAAAGAAAUCUGGAUUUACUGCAACCCUACAAAUACCCAAAAGUUGAAACUGGAGAAAGCAUUCUUUAUAUUAGGGUACGAUAUACCUUCUGUACCUAGGUAUAUUUGGGUGUUAGCUGGUGUGCAGGCGCCUAGUGUGUUUUCACUUUCUUUUUUUUCCGCUCAGGGAAAGGAAGUGAAAGAUUUCCUUUGUUCUUCAUAAAUUACCUUUUGUGGCAUCAAAAUUGCUCAGCUUCCAGUGUGAAAUGGUGUACAGUAUGCAGUUUAUAGCUUGAGUGAGUAUGUCAGUAAAUAAUUUUGUAGGCGUUAUGUUGCAUUUUAACUGUUUAGCCAAGUAUACAUAACCAUUUAAGAACAGGGUGUAAUGAAUCAAACUGACAUUCCCCUGCUUCGCUGACAACUUAGGCUUGCUCAUCUGUGUAUAUAAAUGUUUCUGUGUUUGGAUUUGUUGUGUUUAUUGGUUUUUACAAUGCUUUACUAAUGAGCAAGAUAAAUAUACAGAAAUACAGUAGGAAAGUAAGUAGGUUUUCUGCAAAAGUAGAUGCCUGGGUUUAAAUUGCCUUUGUGUUUGGUCCUUGUAGGUGAUAUUAAAAUAUCUUAUGUACAAUCUCAAUUAUUUUUGAAAAUUGAUUUGUAUGUCCAGUCAUGCCUUCUGUGUGAAAGCGUUUUGCUGUUAUAUUUACUGUCGUGACACAUAUCUGUGUUUAAGCUCAGCGUGCGUCUGCACACGGGAAAAACGAAAACAAAAUGUGGAUGACAUUAUACAUUCUUGUAAUAUUAUGAGCCUGUCAUAAGCAACAACUGUUUCUCUGUUUUAUUUCAUAUUCGGGUUGUUCUGAUUAACGGGUAACAGAUGU